AUGGCGGGUGUAAGCAGCUGCAUGAAGUACUCCAUGUUCAUCUUCAACUUCUUAUUUUGGGUGUGUGGUUCUGUUAUUUUGGGAGUCUCUAUAUGGAUACGUGUUAGCAAAGAUGCCCAGCAGGAAUUGGAGAUAGACAGCAGCCUGUUUGCUGGGGUUGACCUGCUGAUAGCCGUGGGAUCCAUCAUUAUGGUCCUUGGGUUUCUGGGGUGCUGUGGUGCCAUAAAGGAGAGCCGGUGCAUGCUGAUGUUGUUCUUUAUUGGGCUGCUUCUGAUCCUGAUCCUUCAGGUCACAGGAGGUAUUUUAGGAGCAGUGUACAGGUCUCAGAUUGAAACAUCCCUUAACAAGACUCUCCUGGCCAGUGUGAAUUCAUUGCAAAGCUCUACAGAAGAAUCUAAAGUGUUUCAAGAGAAGUUCCAGAAGUUUGAGAGAAUGAACCAGUGCUGCGGUUUGCUGAAUGGACCGGCAGACUGGGGAAAAAAUUUUGAUACUCUUUUCGAUGGCAAUAAAGUCUGUGUGUGUGAAGUAAAGCUGUCAUCAACAAACCUCUGCACCAGCUUUCAAGGCAGAAUCGUUUAUAAAACGCCUUGUGGAGAAGUGAUUAUCAAAUACCUUAAAGACCAUCUGCUCAUAAUUAUGGGGAUCGCCUUUGGACUAGCUGUUAUUGAGAUUCUCGGUUUGGGGUUUUCUAUGAGCCUCUACUGCCAGAUCCAGAGAAAAUGA